AUGAUUGUCAGCUCAGGUAUUCUCGCCAUGGGAUCGCAAUCCCGGGGGUAUCGCAUGCGCUCUGCGUGUAAUGCUUGUCAUUCCGCCAAGCUGCGCUGUUCUGGCAGUUCUCCAUGCUCGCACUGCCAGAUAUCUGGCGAGUCAUGCGUCUACAGCCUUUCCGAUCGCCUAGGCAGGCCCAAGGGUGUCAAGAACAAGAGGACAGACAGCAGCUCUCAUGACACCACACGCAAGCAGUCCACAAAAAGCAUUCCAACUGAAGCUGCGAGUGCGCAGCGCGAAGCCAUUGCCAGUUACAAUCACCUGGACGGUGGUAGUAUGUGCGACCUAGUCUUGGAAGACGAUCUUGACUUCUUCACUAAUAUUCUAACCGAUCCUAGCCAUUAUCUGCUCUCGCAUCAUGUGUCGCCCGCUGAUGAAGGCUAUAUGAUGCCGCCCAACGGAACUACCGACGCGACUUCACCUCAUGCCUCCCUUCAGUGUAGAUGCUUUCAGCGGUACACCGACUUACUCGCCCACCUUCGCAUUUUACGGCAGCAGUCUGCUUCGUUCUCCAUUGACACCCUGCUCGUGGCAAACCAGCGCACACUCGCCACCUGGAAGCAUUUCAGUCAGUGUCUGGCCUGCAGCACCCCGCUCAACGAAGAGGUCAUAUUUCUCGCCGCGAUCAGCUUGCGUAGCAUGCUCCGCGUUGUCCAGGUCUUCUGCUCAAACCCGCCCGCUGCACGCUCCGUAGACACCAGCUUGCUGUCUCAUUCCUUGGGGGACCCCAAAGACGAUUCCAACAACGAGAUACGCAUGAUCAUCGGGAGCUACCAGGUCGAAGGAGACGAAAGGCAGAUGAUAGGGAACAUGCUGGUCCUCCAUACAUUGAAUCGCAUCGAGUUUGCUGUCUCUUGCCUGUCUGAGCACAUCGCUCAAUGUACGCCCUCGGACCCGUCAUAUGCUGACAGCAUGACUUCUAAUUGGGUGGUGCCAGACGAGAGCGCAGUACGAAGUGACUGGGAUAUCGGCCUGAAGCCGGUCCAGGUUAUUCUGCGCGGCUUGGACACUGCCAUCAAGAACAUGAGCCAAACCCUACAGUGGAAAAGUCGCGUGGCAACGAAUAAUAUGGGAGAAGGGAUCAUUGAACAGAUGUAA